AUGUCUUCCGCCCUCGCCAGGCCGCUGAUGCGGUCCACCGCCCGCACUCUCCCUUCCCGCAUUGCCGUCCGCUGCGAGUCAACCACCACCCAGAAGGCUGCCGCCGAUGCCACCAAGAAGGCUUCCGAAGCCACCAAGAAGGCCGCUGAUGCCGCAAAGGAUGCCACUGCUAAGGCCAGCGAGUACUCCGCCAAGGCCGCCCAGGGCCUGAGCCGCGCUGCCAGCGCUGCCGGUCCCGCCAUCUCUGGUGCCGUGAGCGCCCUCGGCAAGGUCGGUGGCCGUACCGGCAAGGUUAUCAACUUCAUCGAGAGACAAGUCCCCUGGGUCGUCUACUACUCCCGCGUCGGCCUCGAACUCUCCAAGAUUGUCUUCCACGGCCAGAAGAUGGCUCCUCCCCCCGUCUCCACCUUCCAGACCUACUUCCAGACUGCCCUGAACUCCCUCAAGAACCCUAGCGGCCUCCUCAGCUCCGCCUCCGCGACUGCCAGCUCCGCUGCCUCGGCCGCCGCCGCCGCCAAGCCCGCCAACGUCGCCUCGCGCAUCAACACCGCUACCGUCGCCACCGGCGCCGUUGUCGCCGCCGAGUGCCUCGGUUUCUUCACCGUCGGCGAGAUGAUCGGCCGCUUCAAGAUCGUCGGCUACCACGGCGAGACCCACGCCGCCCACCACUAG